AGACGGGGGCCGUUUCAUAUUCAUACAUCCGAUCAAACUCCUAAAACACUCCAUAAACUCUGCUGUCAUCCUCUUCUCCCUUUCAAUUCUCCUUAAUCACACCCAAAUUCACUUCAAACCCCUAAACAAAUCUUGAUCAGAACCCUAACCCACUAAAAAAAAUCCAAUCUUUAUCACUUUCCCCCCUUUUUACAACCCUAAUUCUCACAAUCUUGUUCACAUGGUUACUGAUACUUCCCCCAAUUUCGAUGAAGGAGCUGACAUUUUCUCUCCGAUGGUGCCGAGCGAAAGCGAUUCCAUGGUGGUAAAGCGAAAAGACAUGUCGGGUUUCGAACGUGAAGGGAGCAGGAGGAAGAAAAAGAAGAAGCAAGGCGGUACGCCUCGUCCCGCUUGCUCUUGGGUACAUUUUAGUCGCGAAUUCAUAAAGGAGUACAGUGCUUCGCAUCCCGAAUCCUCCGGUCUGAAAGUUGCAACAAAAGCAGCCUCGGACGCAUGGAAAGUGAUGACUUCUGAAGAAAAGUCAAAAUACACAAUACGUGCUCGUGAAGUAUGGAACGACUACUUGAGUACUGCCCCCGCACGCGAACCUAAACCGAGAAAGCAGGCCAACCUAGUCACUCGGUGUUCACCCGGUCGUUUAGUCAACGUGUUAAAACACUUCACAGAAGAGCAAAAGGAAGCCGUGAAAAGCAUGGGAUUCGGUAGUCUUCUCGAUCUUAAAUGUAGAACUUUACGGCGUAGCUUAUGCUUAUGGCUGCUAGAACGAUUCAACACCAUAAGGCGUAACCUAGAGAUUUGCGGUGAACGGAUUCCGUUACACCCUCAUGACGUCGAACUCGUAAUGGGAUUACCUGCUAGUGGUAAAGAGGUGGUCAACUCCGGUCCUGACGAUUUAGUUGCAGAGCUGCGUUUAAAAUACAACGCUUCAAAUCGCGGAAUUUCUGUUCGGUUUCUUGAAGAAAGAUUGGGACAACCAGAAGCGGGAGAUGAUUUCAAAAGAGCUUUUUUGCUUUACGUUUUAGGGACGCUUUUGUGCCCGACGGCAAGGCUGGAUGUUAGCCCGUCGUUUCUUCAUCUUUUGACGGAUAUGGAUUCUAUUCAUGAGUACAAUUGGGCGAAGUUCUUGCUUGAUAGGUUAGUUAGGGAGGUGUCUCGUUAUCGUCAAGGGAAACAACGUGCGGUCGGUGGUUGUCUUCUGUUUCUUCAGUUAUUCUACUAUGAGAGUGUUGCCAUAGGAGGAACUUGUGAACCGGGUCCAAUUGUUGUUCCGUGCGUAUCCUUGUGGACCGAAGAAGCUAUUUCCGAGAGAGAGAAACAGGAGAAAGAGCUUGGUGGUUACGGAAGUGGAGAGGUGAUUUGCAAGGAGAAGGGUCUCGGGUUAGGGCCGUUUGACAGGGAUCAUUCCGAUGUACAUCCGUUAAGAGAGGUGGCUGCUAGAGCUAAUCGUGGUACUCUCGUUCGACAUGAUGAAACCCUGGAUAACGUACCAUUUGCGUACAAGAACGAGAACACGCCACCUAUGCGAACCGAUAACUAUACGUACAAGAAUCCGUUAGAUUAUACAAACACAAAUCCCCAUGACAAUAGAAGUAUGUACACAACAAGCCAAUCAUCCGCAUGUGCAUGCCCGCUUCAAACUCUUCUGAACUGCAACUUCACGGGUUUAUUUCAAGAACUAUCGGAUCAUUUCAGCUCGAAACAUUGGGAUUCCGGGAGGCGUUUUCAGUAUAAUUCACCUUUACCGAUAUCAUUGGGCAUGGAUGAAACGUUUCUCGUGCUUCAAGCAGAAGAAGACGGUGUUCUUUUCUUGGUAAACAAAGGGACCGAAAAUAUCGGCCAUACCGUUGUGGUAACUUGCAUUGGCCCGAGCAACAGUAACGAGCGGUUUCUGUAUUGUCUUGUGUCGGAAAGAGGAACCAGCUCGUUAAAGUUGAAGUCGUACACACAGACUCUACCGGGUCGGGUUGAAGGUACUCCGUCGGAUUUUCUUCUGGUCCCGUUCGGGUAUCUGAAUUCUUCCGGCGAGCUGAAUUUGGAGGUUUGUAUAUGGCACCCUUCGGAUUUAGGUGAAGUUUGAUAAUACCGAAAGACUAAUUUUUUUUUUUGGUCAAGAGUUGACUUUUCGGACCGUUUUACUCUGUUUUCUGUUGCGAUCAAACCGUCAAUCUCGUAAAGAUGUUAAAAUAAACACGGCGAAAAACCGGUGUUUUUAUAUAGAGUUAAAUGUCAUUUUAGUCCCUGUGGUUUGGGUCAUUUUGUCAGUUUAGUCCAAAGGUUUCAUUUUUUGCAUGUGGGUCCAAAAAGGUUUUACUGUUGCCAUUUUAGUCCACUGGGUUAACUUCAUCCAUUAUUUCUGUUAACGAGAAGGGCGAUUCGGUCAUUUUAUAUGGCUGAAUUGCCUUUCUAGUUAACAAAAUUACAUAUAAAAUGACCAAAUUGCCCUUCUGGUUAACAGAAAUAAUGGAUGAAGUUAACCCAGUGGACUAAAAUGGCAACGGUGAAACCUUUUUGGACCCACAGGGGAAAAAUGAAACAUUUGGACUAAACUGACAAAAUGCCCCAAACCACAGGGCCUAAAAUGGCAUUUAACUCUUUUUUAUAUUUUUAAAAGAUGAUGGUUGGUUUGUGACUAGAAGACAGGUAUUAUGGUUGAUAGAAGUGUUUGGUUUUUUUUUUUUUUUUAAUUUUUUUUUCUGGGAUUUAGGAAAUGUAUGUAGUAGGGUUAUGUUGAAAAUGAUGAUUGCUUUGAGUUUGAAAUGUAUUUUUGUUUGAUUUUAUAGUACAACAUAUAUAAUGGUGGAAGUUUUCUGAAUA